CGGGGCGGGCAGCUGAGAGAGGUCCCCGGAUGGGGCCAUGGCGAAGCCCGAGGCUCUGGGGGCUGCCGGCGGCCGCAGUGGGGAAUCCCCGGGAGAGGCGACCAUGGGUGUGUCCGGAGGAAUCACGGUCGAGGCAGACGCCGGGCCGCCCUCCAGCGUAGUCCCGUUUCACGGUUCUGGGCCCUCCCUGCACCCCGGGGGAAUCGUAACUCGCAGUCCUGAAUCUAGCCGGCCCUCCGGGGCCGUAGCAGUCCUCGGUUCCGGACCCAACCAGCACCCUGGGGAGGUUGCGAACCUCGGCACUGGGUCCGACCCGUACCCAAGCGAAUUACAUGGCCCCUUCCCUGAAACUAGAGUAUCCGGGACCUACAGGCUCGGGUCCGAGGGGUCUGGGGCGUACAACUCCGGACGCAGUCCGCGCUCCAAGUCAGCUUGCUUGCACUCCCACAAACCUUGUGAGGACCGGCCCCGGAGCAUCCUAAAAAGCAACGGCUCCGUCUUGAUGCAGAAAUCCCCCAUUGCGGAGAAGAACAAGUCUCAGCGGUGGGACGAAAUGAAUAUCCUAGUCACCUACCACCUUGCUGACAAGGACUAUGGAUUUAUGAAGGUGGAUGAACCCAGUACUCCCUACCACAGGCUGCAGGACAGUGAUAAGGACCUGCCUGGGGCAUCCUCUCCUUCAGUGACUCCGGAGGUGCUGGCCAAGAGGUUGGCAAAAAUGGACAAUCUCUAUCCCAAGGUCCUCCAGUAUGGUGAUACCAGAAGUUUGGGAGCUCCAGACCACUUUUCCAAGACACGCUCCAGUGACUUCAUAAACCGCCGAAAGACACAUUACGAUGAAGGAAAGGUCUUCGAGACUCAGAAAAGUUUUUCCUUCAACGAUAAUAAGCACAACAACAAAGCAGGCCGUGCCAAUACGGGCAGUGGCGGUCGGGGCAUGAUGCUGGACCCAGAGCCCAGGCCUGUGGAGAGAGGCUGGACAGGAGGACUGGCCAGAGGAGUCAACGAUGAGAUUGACCUGGUCACCGGGAACCACAUCCGAGAAGCCAAGGGUGGCCGUAAGACCCAGAUGGACUCGGAUGAUUCGGCAGAUUCCCCUGCCUUCAGAAAUCAGUGCCGAGCUUCAGCCACCAUCAGGUCAGGCCAGGAAAGUGGUCUGCAACAACGAAAGGAGUAUUACAUCAAAGGAAGAUACCUGAGGAGCUCCCCCCACCCCGAGCUCGAGGAGGACACAGAAGAUGAGCAUGAGGAGCAGGACAGCUCUGCAAACUUGAGCUGGGUGAUUGAGAAUCCCAUAAGCACCGAGGUCCGUCUGCUGGGCCACCCAGGAAGCCCCAUUCAGGAUCACAAGGCCACCAAGGACCGCCUGAAAGUGACAGUGACAAAAUCGCAACCUGGUACCGCCCUGUCCUCCAAAGACAAUGGGUCCAGAUCAGAGUCAGGCUGGUGUCAGUCAGUGCCUGGUACCCAAGGACUCACCUGGCAAAGGCCAGAAAGCUUGGAGAGGCAGCCUGGCAGCCACCGGAAGUCCCCACACCAAAACCAAAGCAGACAUGAAACCCUGCGUCUUCAAUGGACACAAGAGGGGGAAGCCAAACGAUGGAAAAUGUAGCCAGCUGGGGAUGGGGUGGGUCCCAGCCUCCCCCUGCCCACUGUCCUCAAGGUGGACAAUAAAGAAAAGUGUGAGAGUC